AUGAAGAUGCUGGUCCCGGUGCCCUACCAGGCACCGGCAAAGAAGGGCAAGACGAAGAAGAACAAGGAGGCCGAAGAGGGCCUCCCUCACGAAGAAACUUCGGGCGCCGUGUCCGGAGGAACCGAGGCUCCUUCCUCUCACGAGGGAGACGAAGACAAGGACGAGGAGGAAGAGGAGGAGGAGGAGGGAGAAGAGAAACCUCCUCCCAUAGGGAAAAAGAGGGCGGCCUCCAUAGAUACGGAGGAGGGGGCAUCCAAGAGGGGGAAGACAUCCCUCUCGGAUGAUUUGGAUUUGGGCGCCGAAGCUGUCCCUAGGCACCGCCCCCGAGCCAAGCCCCUUGCCGAAUCUCCGGCCCGUGACAUCCCUGAAGAAUCAUCGUCAUCGGGGGAUCUCUCUCCGGAGAAGAUGGAGAGCGAGACGCCUCCACAAGCUUCCCCGCCUCCUAGGGCGGAUGACACCGAGGUGUUGUCCCAAAGGAUUUCUCCAGGCUCCGGAGAAGUGCGGGAGGGGACCAAGACGGCGCCAGGGGAUAAUGGCUUGGCUGCCGAGAACAUGGGGGGCGCAACCCUCAUGGAGAUCGGUGACGAGGGUCAUGAAUUAUCCAACCUCCGUCCGGAUACUGUUCCGGAGACAUCAACGGCUCCAGAACCGAAUCAGCAGCCCCCUCCGCAGGAGUGGGAGACGGCUAUUCCAACGGCGACCUCUAUUAAUGCAGAGGCGCCGAACAUGCUGAUGGACGCUCUGCAAAGCUUCAAGCGGCGACCGCUCAGGCCGCCGAAGUUUCCGAAGCGGAAACUGCAGCUGGUCGACGGGCAUAAUGUCCGGAUCAACAAGCGGCUCGACGAGGCGCAAGCUUUACGCGCUGCUAUAUGCAUAAUUGCAUAUGACACUGCUGAGGUCGAGACCCUCAGGAGUGACCUUGCCCGCGUGAAGGAGCAGGCGAGGGUGAGCGAUGCGGCCGCUGAUAAAGGGGCUGCCGAUUUGAAGGCCGAACAGGCCACCCGGUGCCAGUUCGAGGAGCGGGUAUCCAAGGUUGAACAAGAGCUGAAGGACGCAACUCGCAAGUGCGAGCUCCUCGAGGAGGAGAAUAAAGCUAAGGCGGCUGAACUCGCCAAGGCCCUUCAGGACGCCUAA